AUGAGACAUACAAACCUAUUUUCAGAAAGUGAUCCAAAGUUCGUGUUAAAUUUUGUAGAUGAACUUUCCAGUGGCAGCACAGAAAAAAUUCUGAAUUCAAUUACUUCUCGUAGUUUCAAGUCAUCUUCAAAAACUGAUGAACCUUCCACUCCCAACACAGUCGAAUUUAAAGAACGUUUUCUCACAAAGGAUCACAAAAUUAAAGAUAGUGUCCAUGAAAAUUUGAAAAGUUUUCCUUGGCUUUGUGGCAAGUAUGGUACAGCACGUCCUACUGAUGAGUUGAAUUAUCGUCACAUGUAUCUUGAAGUUGACGAAUCAAAGACUGAGGAUGUUUUAAAGCAAGAGAUUGAUUUCAAAUUUAAAUGGAAAGCUUCAGAUUACAUCGAAUUACGUUAUGUUGACCCACGUAAGAAAAUAGAAAUCCAACAGCUAUCCAACAAUGUUAUGGCAAGUCGAGAGGAUGAGCCCAAUACAUCAAUGUAUGGCGCGUUGACUUUGUUCUGCUUUAAGAUGAACAGCAUUACGUGUUGACUUGCGCUCAUGUUGGUUACUUAAAAAGUAUUCCCAAAGGGCAAAAGCGUGAUUUAUACCUGAAACUUUUCGUGAUUUAUACUGAAACUUUUUAAAUAUUCAUCUUAGUUUGGAGUAAGUAAAUCAGUUUUUAUAAAGUA